CGCACUUGGGUGGCGGGCGGAUACUUAAGGCGCGGCCACCGCGGCUGCGGCAGUGCGCCCAACAGCGGACUCCGAGAGACCAUCGGCCCUCGGCGAACCCUCAGCCUUCGGCACACUCUCGACGCCCCAGUCUCGGAACCAUGGCGGCAGUGGCAGUAGCAUCGGCUGAACUGCUCAUCAUCGGCUGGUACAUUUUUCGCGUGCUGCUGCAGCGCAGACCCUUCUCAGUGCGCCCGCGCCCGGCCGGGAACAAAGAGUUGGGGCGCGGCGGGCGCCAGCCGCCACGGAACGCCGAGGCUCUUAGCGACCAACGUGGUGUUCAGGUACUCCCUGCAGAAGCUGGCGUACACCGUGUCGAGGACCGGGCGGCAGGUGCUGGGAGAGCGCCGGCGGGCCCCCAACUGAGGCCCCAGCCCCCAGCCCUGGGCGGCCUUGUCACCAGGUGCUCCUGUGCAUCUCACCCAGCAUGGGAGCCAGUGCUGCCCGGGAAUGGGGGGUCCCCUGUGCUCUCUCGCCAGAGGAGCACUUGCCAAGGUCAGUGAGGGGCUGGCAGGCCUCCGGAGAAGCAGUACCGCUAUGACGACAAUACCAGAUCCCUUCCCAGCCCCCUUUGCACCCGUCCCACUGCGGGGCGGGGGAGAGGGAGGAGGGGGGAUGGAGGGAGCAGACCUCCGAGAUUUGGGCACAGGCAUUCUGAUCUGGACCAAGCUGGAACAGCGAUAUCCAGCCCCACAGCCAUGGCCAUGCCAGCAGGCCCACCACAGAGAUCCAGACAACCACGCCGGCCAGCAGAAUGGACCUUCCAACACCACCAGCUGAAGCCCUGAAUCUCUGAGCAGCAGACAAGGAGCCAACUACAUGCCUGUGUGGCGGGACUGGAGGGUGUGGGUGAGGGAGGACGACGGUUAAGAAACAGAGUGGGGCACUCUCACUGUCCCUUGCCUAUGGCAUGUGCAUUCCAGCCCUGCUGCCUUUGCUCCCUCAAUUCUCCCUCACUGCCUCCCAAGCCCACCCCACCCUAAAAAAAUGUGUCACUCAAUUCGGACCUAUUCAACCAGUAAAAGAAUCCCAACUUUACUAAAACACCUUCUCCGAGCCCCCAGCCUA